AUGUAUCUUGCAACAUUUAAAAUUCUUCUUAUCGGUAAUUCAAAUGUUGGAAAAUCGUCUCUUUUACUAAGAUUCACUGACGAUACAUUUUUAACACAUGACGAAGUGUCAGCAACGAUAGGUGUAGAUUUUAAAGUUCAUGAAAUAGGUGAUACAGCUGGUCAAGAACGUUUUAGAACACUAACAUCCUCAUAUUAUCGUGGUGCUCAAGGUGUCAUCCUUGAUGAUUGGUUUAAUGAAUUAAACACCUAUUGUACAAGCAAGAACAUAGUGAAAAUGAUAGUUGGUAAUAAGAUAGAUAAGGAAAAUGGAAGGGCUAUUUCACGUAAAGAAGGUGAAGCGUAUGCUAGGAAAUCACAAACUUUAUUUAUAGAAUGUAGUGCCAAGACAAAAUAUGGAGUAAGAGAAGCAUUUGAAGAACUUGUUAGAAAGAUAAUUGAAGAUCCAAAUUUAUGGCAGAAAAGAUCCGAGACGUUAGAUAACAAGAUCGAUAUAAGUUUAUUAGAUCAAAAUCAACAAAACCGUAAUGAUGGUGAUGAUAUUAAAUGA